AUGGAUCCUCAAGAAAUCAGAGAAGAAGCGUUCCCUGCGCGGAGCAAACAGGACACAGGCACAGUCAACGGCGUCCCCACAGAGGUCACAUCCAUGGCCUUCUCCGACAAGAUCGUGAUCACAAUCUCCCAAGAAGGAAAACUCUCACAAUGGAUUCAAGUCCCGCUCCAGGCCUCCUCGGGCGGCAUGGUCGACCUCAACCUCCCGUCAAACAGCCGCGGCCUGCUCCCCUCGGUCCAUCUCACGCCCAAGACCCUCCUCGGAGGCGGAGGCGACGAGCGCGAGACCCUCGGCCAGCUGUACGCCGCUCAGAUCGCCAGCCUCGUCUCCACCCGGGACCCCGAGGACCGCAGGACGCUGGUCCUGGGGCUGGGCCUCAACAAGGUCGACACCGAGCGGGAGGCCUUCUUCGACACCGUCGAACUGGUUCAAAAGGUUCUUUGA